CCUCUAAACCCUCUUUCACGGCCAAAAACCCUAAAACCUUUGUUCCUGGCCGAUACCAAACCCUAGCCCAACUUGCUGAAAUAAUAAUCAAAUUUGUAGCUUUGAACCCUUCCCAUCUACGAUUCAGGUAAGAAAUCAUCUCUAAACUCAUUACCCACAAUUAUUUCUACCAAAGUUUGUAUCUUUAUAGAUCUUUACAACUCAAUUAUCACCAAAAUUGCUAAUUUGUCGUCACUUUCAUCAUGAACAAUCUAUUAAAGCGUCAAACUUGCUCUGUUCUCAAAUGGGCUUUUGCUAAUUUGGCUCAAAACAAUCUUACCCCUUCAAAAACCACCAUUAAAGGUACUGGUUUUAGCUACAUUACUCAAAACCCUAGGUUCUAUGGUAGAAAAGCACAUAUUCAAUCACAUGAUUUGAUUAAAGAUAAUAGUGUUAUUGAAGCACAAGAUGCUUUGAUUGAAUACCUUCACUCCACAAGAAAUUUGCAGUAUGUGGAUGCCGAAAAUAUCAGUCGAAACUCGCCUAAUUUUCUUGAAAAGUUGCUGAAAAGUGUGGAAAAUGAGAAGGAUGCUAAACAGUCAUUAAGAAGAUUGUUUUGUUACCAUCCGAUUAACGAAUUCGAGCCGUUUUUCGAGAGUAUGGGGAUGAAGCCUUGUGAGUAUUCUUCUCUUUUGCCGCGUGAUAUGAUGUAUUUAGCGGAUGAUCAAAGGUUGUUAGCGAAUUAUCACGUGUUAUGUGAGUAUGGUGUGUCUCCGAAUAAAAUAGGAAAGAUUUAUAUCGAAGCUCAUGAAGUUUUUGGAUAUGAUCAUGGGAUUUUGCUAUCGAAACUUAACUCACUUCAAGCAAAGGGUUUCACUCAAUCUGGUGUUGCCAAACUUGUGAGUUCGUGUCCGAAUGUUUUAGUAAACGAUGAUUUCUUGAAGGUUCUAGAAGCUUUAACGGAUGUUGGGAUUGCGCAUAGUUGGUUUGAGGAGAAUAUUUUGGAGGAAAAUUCUUACAAUUGGAGCAAGAUUCUCGAACAUUUGUGUUUGAUUAAGGGGUUAUGUUGUAGCAAUGAGGAUUUAAAAGAGUUGUUAUAUAACAAUUCUACGAUUCUUUUGGAAGACUCGGGGGAUACAGCUAUUUCAUUGAUCGUGUUCUUGAUUAAGUUUGGAGCUUCCAUUGAUGACGUUUUAACGGUUUUUAAGCAACUCCCACAAAUCAAGAUUCGAGUAUUUCAGUCGAAUUUAAAGAAUUGCCAUCAAUUUCUUCUUGAUAUUGAGAUGGAUGAUGAUGAUAUUGCGAAUAUUAUUCGUACCCACUCACAUGUUCUCGGAUCUUGUAGGCUAAAAUCCGUUAAAACCCUAUUUAACGGAUUAAAUUCCGGGAAAAAACGUCUUUGUGACAUCAUAAAAGAAAACCCAUUGGAACUAAAAAAAUGGGUUAUUGGGAAAAAAUUGAAGGCGUUACCGAAACCGAAAAACAAUUUUUCCGAGGAAAAGAUUCGGUUCUUAUCGAAUUUGGGAUUCGUUGAAAACUCGGAUGAAAUGAAUAAAGCUUUGAAGCUAUUUAGAGGCAACGGAGGGGAGCUUCAAGAGAGGUUUGACUGUUUGGUCAACGCUGGUUUGACCCGCGAUGAUGUUGCAGAAAUGGUUAAACUCGCACCUCAAGUUAUCAACCAGACUAAAGAGGUAAUUGAAAUGAAGAUUAGUUUUCUUGUAAAUGAUUUAGGUUAUAAUGUGUCGUCGUUAGUUAAGUAUCCUGCUUUUUUAUCAUAUUCGAUACAGAAAAUCAAACAUAGAUUUGCGAUGUAUAAAUGGUUAACGGAUCGCGGGAAAGUGAAUGGUAAUUUAGCGUUAAGUACGGUUCUUGCUACCUCUGAUAAGAAAUUUGUAAGAGUUUAUGUAGAUCGCGAUCCCGAAGGGUUGAUUGUUUGGGAUAAAUAUAAGAAACAGUUUUUCUCUGAUGAAAAAGUUGUUUAGAUUACAGAGAACUUUAAUAUACAGAGAAAUUUGCAUUA